AUGGACUGGGCGGCGUCGAAUCUCCCUCAGACGAAACCCAAUACCUCCGUCCUCUCCACGGGCCCCACCGCCACCGUCAAUCUGGACCCGAGACUACAGCGCGAGCUGUCCCGGCUCGAUGACUCCAUCCCGUUCAACCCCAAAGCCCGCUAUCUGCAUCAUACCUGGGCGCAGACAUUCUUCUCGCGACCGGAGCUGUACUUUCAGCCGGCGUCAAUCCCCGAGUUACAGAAAGUGGUCACUCUCGCGCGGCGAUGUCGAAAACGCAUCUGUGUGACCGGAUUCGGACACUCGCCAUCAGAUCUCACCUGUACCUCGUCGUGGCUGAUCAACCUCGACCACCUCAAUCAAGUCCUCGAGAAGGGGGUCGAUGGUACUCCUGGCCUCUAUCGCAUCCAGGCCGGCAUAUCCCUGCAUGAUUUGAACACGGUACUGGCCCAGGACGGCUAUACGUUGCCCAAUCUGGGAUCUAUCGAUGUCCAGUCGGUCGCUGGAGUCAUCUCAACUGGGACGCACGGUUCGAGUCUCAAACACGGCUUGAUCUCCGAGUCUAUAACCUCCAUGACAAUCCUCCUCUCCAACUCGCAACUCGUCACAUGUUCUGCGACCAAAAAUCCAGAGCUCUUCCGGGCUGGGCUUCUCUCGCUGGGGGCUCUGGGCAUUAUUGUCGAGAUCACCAUCCAGGCGGUUCCCGAUUUCAAAAUCUCCUGGUCCCAGUCGCUGCACACCUUGCGCUCCGUUCUCGAAUCCUGGAACACCGACCUGUGGACCAAGGACGAAUUCACUCGGGUCUGGUGGCUUCCGUACCUCGACCGCGCUGUGAUUUGGCGCGGCUCACGAACCGACUCCCCCAGUCGUCCACCGAACACCACUUUCUACGGCGGUAUGUUCGGCUACUACGUCUAUCACAAUCUGCUGUGGUUGUCCAACACCUUCCCGCGUAUUCUGCCGUGGAUCGAAUGGUUCGUUUUCGGCAUGCAAUACGGCUUUAAACCGGGCAGCUUUGUCAUGUCCGCGGUGCAGCCCGCGCGCGAGGGGCUGCUGAUGGAUUGCCUUUACUCUCAGUUUGUGAACGAAUGGGCUUUGCCGCUUGACAAGGGUCCCGAGGCUAUCACUCGGCUCUCGGCGUGGAUCAACCAUGACGAUGCCAAGGCGCGGAUUCCCAUCUCCAGCAAGGGAAUCUGGGUGCAUUGCCCCGUCGAAGUGCGCGUCACCCAUACCGGUCAGGUCAACCCCAAUCGUUCCGGCGUGAGACCGUAUCUCGACCCGACCGUCCCCGACGGUCCGACGCUCUAUCUGAAUGCCACGCUGUAUCGGCCCUACGGCCGUGACCCACCCUGCCACGCCACGUACUACGAGGCCUUCGAAUACCUGAUGCGGGAGCUGGGUGGGAAGCCGCACUGGGCCAAGAACUUCUCAGACACGGUGGGCGCGUACAUCAACGAGGCAUACGGCAACGACAUGCGCGACUUCAUGAAGACCCGAGACGAAAGUGACCCCGAGGGCAUGUUCCUGGGGGAGUGGCACCAGCGAAAUCUCCCCUUGAAGACAACAACAACAUCUACCGGUGGUAGCGGGAAAGACGCGCCACACGCCGGGUUGAGGCUGAUGGAGGGAGAAGUCCGCCGGACGAAGAAGGGGCUCGGCUGGGGAUUCGGUGACGGCAUCUUGUGGGAGGGGAGACAGGCUUCGACGACGCCAGGGGAUGAUGACGGCGACAACGACAACGACAACGUGGCCGGAGGUCUCGGAGUCGGCGCGGGUGGUGUCAGCAAGAAAGCGGGAGACGGCGAGGAGACCCCAAGCCCCCCUGCGACCACGACCAGCGAGGAAUCAUUCGACUACAUGGCCCGAGGCGAGGCGAGCGUCUACUACACCGUGAAGGAAGGUGGAGGUGGUGGUGAUGAUGAAUGA